AUGGAAACAGAACAGGAGAACCACACCAACUCUGCGGGAUUCAUUCUCCUGGGUUUCUCCACCUCACCAGAGUUCAGGGGGCUUCUCUUCCCCUUCUUCCUCUGCAUGUACCUGGUUAUCUUACUGGGGAACCUCUUGAUCAUGCUGCUGAUCUUCUUCAAUAGUCACCUUUUUCAUGCCCCCAUGUAUUUCUUCCUCAGUCAUCUAUCAUUGGCUGACCUGGGAUUUAGUUCCAAUGCUGUACCCAAGAUGUUGCAAAUCUUGGUUUCCCAGAAAAACACCAUAUCCUAUAGCGGAUGCCUCAGUCAAAUGUAUUUCUUUGUGGUCUUUUGUACCAGUGAUAACUUUCUCCUUGCCUCCAUGGCAUAUGACCGCUAUGUGGCUAUCUGCCGACCACUUCAUUAUUCUAUAAUCAUGAGCUACAAGCAUUGCCUGAUCUUAGCUGCUGGAUCUUGGGUCCUCUCUUUUUCCCAAGGUCUAUUAUAUGUAUUUACAAUAGCUAAUUUUUCUUUCUGUGGCUCCCGGGAGAUCCCCCAUUUCUUCUGUGACCUCCAUCCUUUGCUCAAACUUUCCUGCUCAGAUACCUCUUCUGCUGAGACAUUGCUCAUGAUUGAAGGGACUGCAACCAUGCUUGGGCCCCUUAUGCUCAUCCUUCUCUCCUACACAUUGAUUAUGUUGAAGGUGUUGAAAGUUCCUUCAGCUUCUGGGAAGUACAAAGCCUUCUCCACGUGCACUGCGCACAUCACCACUGUUGCCUUGUUCUAUGGGACUCUGAUUAGCACCUACAUCCGCCCGUCCUCCACUUAUUCUGGUUCUAGGCUGAGAGCGGCUUCAAUAUUCUACACUGUGGUGAUCCCCAUGCUCAAUCCUUUCAUAUACAGCCUGAGGAACAGUGGGAUUCAUGAGGCCAUGAGGAAAUUACUACGGAUGUGGGUGCAGAAGAGAGAAAUCAGAGCAGAACUGAGAGUGCCUCAGAAGAAACCUGGAGCCACUUUGGAAAACAAUGGCUGCUAG